AUUUUACGCAGGAAAGGCAGGAAAUGUUAAGAGAAGACUUUGCUUUGCCACAAACAACAGAGCAACUCCAGCCCUGCAGAAGAUCCUGUGUGCCAUAGAGCUGAGUCGUCCGGGGCUGAAAGACAGACACGGGCACAGAGAGGAGGGUCAUGGAGAACUAAGGGGUUGCCCAGACACAGAUAUAGAGAAAGGACAGCGGAAUAAAAGGAAAACGUGAGUGGACUAAAGGGUUUGGCGGGGAGACCGUGUCCUCUCUUGGACACCUCUCUUGGAGCUAUGGCAGAUAACAGCACUCAUCCUAUUGUGGAAAUACUGGAGUCUUUUGGAUUGAGGGAUGUCAUACUGGCCUUCUGUCUUUCUAUGGUUGUUGGUCUACUGCUAGGUGCUCUGGUCUACAUGACUUUGACCUGGAUGUCUCGCCGUCGGGCCUCGGCAACAAUCACACGCCUGCCCGUCCACCGUUCCACCACCCGCUCUUCCUCACCGCGCUCACGUUCUGGCUUCAGUCGACACAGCAGCAGCUACGACAGACGCAGCAAUAACAGCCUGGCCAGCGCUGCCUUUUCUUUCCAUCGACAGACCUCUUCCUCACCAACAGACUAUGGCGACUUGCCGGGCCGCAAAUCUAGUUUCCGGGCCUCCACCUUCCAUCCUCUUCUCCAGUGCAGUCAGAUUGCUCGCGAGGCAGAGGAGGGUGCCCAGGGUAGCCUGCCACAGACCCCAACUCUCACUACAAGCCCCGGGGCGGCUGGUGCAACCAACACUGUGAGUUCUAUGAUUACUCCACCCAGAGCCAGGAACAGACCAGAUUCCUUCUGGAGCAACAGCAACCUUAGGGGCUUCCAUGCUGGCCAGACCCCACCACCUGCCUAUGACAGUAUCAUACGAGCCUAUCAGGAGACGACCACAUGAAGGAGAAGACACUAAUAUGGUUGGGAGAAGACAAAUAUAUACAUAGACUUGGACUUUAAAUUGGACAAUAGGAAUUUCAACUCCCAGUUUCUUUUUGGGUUUCUAAACUCAGUCAUGGCCAGUUUUCCAAAGUUGUGUUGUGUUGUGUUCUGUGAGAGAGAGAGAGAGAGAGAGAGAGAGAGAGAGAGAGAGAGAGAGAGAGAGAGAGGGAGAGAGAGAGGUGUGCACUGUGCCAUUCUUAAACUGACAUCUCACCUUCUUUAUAGAUGCACCAUGAAGCCGCUUAGCACCACAUCAACAACUUGCUGAAUAUUUUCCUGGGAAGACAUAAGAAAUUCAUAUACAUUGAAUAUUGAAUCAUAAUAAAUAAAGAGAGGACUUCAUAAUGAUGAUCAAACAAUCAAAAAUAGCAGGAUGGACAUUUGUUUAAAAAAUUCUUUAUUUUUAAUAAAUGUAUAUAUCUGUAUUUAUAAAAAAUACAAUUCAAAUAAAAAUGUAAAAAACAUAAUUUGCCCGAAAAAGUAGCUGCAAUAUGUUCACCAACGAGUAACAGCGCCAUCUGCUGUUCAUAGAGAGAACACUUUUAUUUCUCUGGCUCUUAAUAAGUGACUUGAACUAAAGCCUGACAAAAAAACAGUCAUUUAGCUUUGAAACAAAAAAGUAAAAUGCCAUGGGCACAUGGGAAGGACGUUUUUAGCGUGUAUGCAUUUUUAUUACAUUUGUUUUACAUUAAUAUUCAAUCUAUUAUCAAAAACUAUGCAUCAUUUAAUAGAGAGAGAGAAGUAGAAAUAGAGAAGAAGAAAUAGAGAAGAUAAAGCAAGAGAUAUCGAAGGUCAGGGUGGGGUUGCAAUAAAUCUUAGUAAAGUUUAAUAUUGAUAUACAGCCAUUUAUUAUAAACAGUAAUUUAAAAUAUUUUUGCCACAAACUCAUUGGAUUGAGUAUUUAUUCAUUUUUAUAGGGACUCUAGUCUUUUAAACAUUCCUCAGCCUCAUAGUAAUAAACUGAUGCAAAUCAUUUUGCAAUUUUUAUUUUUUUUAUUGCUACAUCUGCAUGUUAUCACUGAAUAAAUCACUGCUACUUUUUGUAUGCCUAAAUCUCAAUAGAAAGAGUAUUAUUAGUAUUAUUUUGCCAUUCUUUGACAGCUUCGUGAAUACGUCCGUUAAAAGAGUUGGUGAAAAUAAACAAACCAAUGACAAAAAUGUUCCUAAGGUGUUUUAAAGAGAGUUUAUAGCACACAUAUCCUGGAUGUGACCUGAUAUCCUUCACAAACAUGAGUGGAUUUCCCUUAACAAGAGGAAGGAAAUCUCUCACCAGGUUGAAAU